AUUUGUCCCUAACCCACGACACAUGUCAUUUAGGCGGCUCUGAGACAAUUGACUGUUGCUUUUCACGUUGGUCUGUCGGAUCCCAGACAUGGUUCCUUAGUUUCGCUCGAACUUCGAUCCACCUCCAACUGCGACCCUCGUUUGAUACCCCAACCGUUCACACCUGGCCUUCUGGCCCCACACCUUCACCAUGCACUUCGCCAUGCCUCCGCGCAAGACGUCACGGCCGCCGCCCUACGCCGCGCGGAACAGCCAGAAUUCCUCCUUCGUACCACCCGUGCUCAGAAAUAUGCUGCGAAGCAAGCCCCGAGUAAUCGUCGGCGCUGUACUGGGCCUCCUUACCUUGCUCUGGCUCCUGGGCAUGAUAGGCGGGAGCUCCAGCUCAGUGCCUCUGACCAACAUACCCAAAGUCGCCGUUGGGAGCGGCGCACCUGUAGUAAUCGUCACAGUCCUCGACCCCAGCGCGAAUCCGGCGUGGGUACAGAAGAUUAAGGCGAACAGGGAGGAGUAUGCUAAGAAGCAUGGAUAUCUAACACACUUCCCCACACCGAACCAAUACCCCCUCAACAACGCGCCUCAAUCCUGGUCCCGCGUGCCCGCCCUCCGCCACGCAAUGACCCUCUACCCCGGGUCAACAUUCUUCUGGUACCUCGACUCCAGCGCGCUCAUCAUGUCGCCCAAUCUCGAUCUACACGCACACCUCCUCUCCCCCGCAGUAAUCGAAAAACACAUGAUCACCAAUGCGCCCGUCGUCCCGCCAGACAGCGUGAUCAAAACCUUCAGCAAUCUGAAGGGCGAGCGGAUCGACCUCGUGAUCGCGCAGGACAAGGAGGGGUUGGCGCCGAGUAGCUUCGUGGUGCGGAAUGGGGAGUGGGCCAAGUUCUUUCUGGAUGCGUGGUUCGACCCUAUCUACAGGAGCUAUAACUUCCAGAAAGCAGAGAGCCAUGCCCUGGAGCAUAUUGUCCAGUGGCACGGCACGAUCCUGGCCAAGCUAGCCAUGGUCCCGCAAUCGCUGCUCAACGCGUACGUCUCAGGCCCGAAUGCGCAGAACGGACAGUAUAAGGAGGGUGAUCUGAUUGCGAAUUUUCCGGAGUGCGACAAAGAGGGGAGAAACUGCGCGGAGGAACAGCAGCCGUUUUUUGAGGUGCUGGAGAGGAAGAAACAGGGAUAAGUAGAUGGAUGGGAAGAGUAGGGGAGAUUGAUCUGAUUGGGCGAGCGUAACAGUGUACGUGUGGUAUGAUGAGAGCACAGGAAGAGGGAAAGAGGUGUUGGAUAUGAUAUAGGCGGGAGGGAGUGGUUCCUUGGGCGAGGAUGCUGUAAGGCAUGGCGUACGGCGUUGGCGAAUACUUGCACUGCCCGUGUCUUAAGACUUUUGUAGAGGUCCGAUGUAUGAAGUGAUAGAUACGUGUACAAUGUUCAUCUAUGUUACAAUCU